AAAUUUAUCAACAAAUAUAUAGCAAAAUUGUAUUCUUUUGUAGUCCGUUGGAUGUAAAUCUAAGGGUAGAAAAAAUCUAGGUGAUUUUUUUUAUUGGAAAUCACCGGACAAAUGGAUAGACACAGUCCCUUUCAGGUUCUCUUCCAUCACCAAGACACCAACGGAAAUCAAGAACUCUUCCAUUGUCUGUCUUCUCGCAUAAAAGGUUCCACGUGGUCGAUGCCUCAGCGUUGUUCUCCUAGGGUUCAUUAGCUCGCUGCUGCGCCAUGAAGUACAGGAAGGGGGGCAACGCCCCCGCCACCGAGCCCGACGACGACGCCACGACGAAAGGAGGUCACGACGUGCCGCCGAGCAUCAAGGUGGACAUCGGUGAGUACCAUGGAGGAGGUAUCGGGAACGGGGACGGUGGCUCGGCCUCGCUCUUCGAGCCGCGGCCGGAGGAGACACCGGUGAGCCGGAGGAACGAUCGCGGCGGCGGCGGCGGCGGGCGCGAGCCGCCGGAGAAGCGGCUCACGCUGUUCGCUCUCCGCCUCGCCGUGCUCGAGAAGGCGGCGAGCGGGCUCGGGAAGCUAGACUUCGUGUGGGCGACGGUGGUGCUCCUCGGCGGCUUCGCGAGCGCGCUCAGCACCACCGACUUCUGGUGCGUCACCGUCAUCCUCGUUGGCUCCGGGGCGCGCGUCUUCGGCCGCAGCCACGAGCUGGAGUGGCAGCACCGCUCUACGCUCACCUCCUCCACCGCCGGUGGCGCGCUGCGCUCCACCUCCCGCCGCUUGCUCCGCAGCCUCGGGCACUCUCCCGCCGCCAACCCGACCGACGACGGCGGCGCCCGUGGCAGUGCGACCGAGACGCAGUUCCAGCACCAGAUCGUCGCUCGCACGAAGCAGCGCGUUUGGCACGUGCCCGACGUGUCGCUACUCCCCUACACCGGCAGGUUGUUCGUCUCCAAGAACAUCGGGAGGCUCUUCAGCUGGCUGCAGGUGCUCUCCGCCUUGGCCUGCGUCGCGCUCUCGGUGAUGCGCCUAUGGCGGCACGACUUCGGCGGCGACCAGCCCAACAAGCGGCCGGCGCUACUGCUGUUCUACACGUUGGCGUUGAUCGAGGCGCUCAUCUUCCUGCUCGAGCAGGCGUACUGGGUAUGGAUGUUCUCCCGGCAGAAUCUGAUCAAGACGGUGAGCGACGACUGCAAGCUCGGAGAGUACUACGGCCCCGACUCGCUCAAGCGCUUCUUCUUCGACGCCUACUCCCGCUGCAUCACGGGGAGCAUCUUCGACGGCACCAAGAUGGACCUCGUCACCUUCGCCGAGGAGCUCAUCCUGUCAGAGUUCCUCGGCAAUCAGCUCAUCGGCGUGCGCAUCCUGCAGCAGUUCACCACCGAGGGCUCAUCGGCCAACGCCGGGGAAUCCAAUCUCAACACGCUGCGCAACGUUGGCACGAACGCUCGCUCCAUCGAGCGGCUCGUGGAGAUGAUCAACUGGAAGAGCCCCGGGGAGGAGGAGGUGCGCCGGUGCGCGGCCGAGGUGUUGUCCAAGCUCGCCGACAAGAGCCGGAACGCGCUCCGCGUGUCCGGCAUCCCUGGCGCCAUCGAGUCCGUCAUGUCCCUGCUCUACACCGACGAGAGCGCGCCGGACUCCGCGGCGCCACACGACGUCUCGCCGGCGGCGCGGAGCUACGAUCACCAGCAGUUCAAACUGCUCGGCCUGCUCAUCCUCAAGAGGAUCGCCAGGGACCACGACAACUGCGGCAAGAUUGGGAACACCCGCGGCCUCCUCUCCAAGAUCAUCGAGCUCACGGACGCGUCGCCGGAGCUGCUCCACAACACGCGGGCGCCGGAGUCGCCGGUUCGCAUCGUGAGGCGCGCGCUCAAGGUCGUCAAGAUUCUGGUGUCCGCGACGAGCAGCACCGGCAAGAUGCUCCGGCAGGAAGUCGCCGAUAACGUGUUCACGGUGAGCAACCUGCGCGGCGUCCUGCAGCACGGGCAGCAGCACACGGCUCUGCAGAAGCUGGCCACGGAAAUACUGUCGCACCUGGCCAUGGACGCCAAGGGCAAGCAGGUGAUCGUGGGCACCGGUGGGGUGGUCAAGCUGCUGCUGUCGAUAUUCGUCAACGGCGAGAAGGAGCUCGGCGCGGAGGCCGGCGAGGCGCUGGCGAUGCUGGCGCUGGAGAGCCAGGCGAGCUGCGCGGCGAUCCUCAAACAGGAUGACGUGCUCGACCACCUCAUGUCGGCGCUGGAGGGCGACGGCGGGCCGCGUCGCCUGAACGCGGCGAGGGUGCUGCGCAACCUGUGCGCGUACGCCGGCGAGAAGCAUCGGCGGCGCCUCUCCACGGUGACCAAAGCGAUGCCUACGGUACUGAAGGCCACCAUGACGGGGAGCGAGAGGACCCUCGAGGUGUUCGUCGGCCUGACGGUGCAGAUCUGCAAGUUCAUCGACGGCGUUCGGUUCGCCGGCGAGCUGUGCGGCGCCGGCAUCGACGAGAGAAGCUACGUGGAGCGGCUGGCGAGCAUCCUGCGGGAGCACCGGUACCCGGACAUCACGGUGCCCCGGAUGCGGCGGUUCGUGGUGCAGCAGGCCAUCUGGCUCAUGACCUCGUCCUCCGCCGCCGCCGCCUCCGCCGCCGCUGGCGCAGACUACGUAUCGCUUCUCCGGGAGGCCGGGAUGGAGCGGCUGCUGGAGUCCAUCGCCGACACCACGUCGGAGCUGGAGUGCUACCACGCGUUCUCCGGCAGCGUGGGCAUCAGCAAGCACCGGGAGAGCUUCUCCGCCGCCGUGGACGCCGCACUCGAGCUGCUCGGCGGCGAUGGAGCUCGAGCUGAGGCCUGAGCUGCAUGCAACGGUCGGAACUCUAAAAUGGCAAAGGAUUUGUGGUGCCACGCUGGCACGCUCCUCCCGCACGUUCUGUGCGUCUUGAUGAUUGCACAACACAAAAGUCCUAUUCUUUUUUUUUCUUAAAAACAAAAAGAAAUACACUACACUUAUACGAGUAGAAAUUUUUACUAUAGCUAAAAAAUUUGCCACUAUUACACAAGGAUGUAUAUAUGCACUAUCUGUUCAUGAGAUUCACUGAAAUAACAUAGUACAUAUUUAUAGUUU